AUGAAAGAUGAGAUAUCUCCUAAUGAAUAUUUUAGAAAUUUAUGGGAAAAUUUAUUAAAAAGUGAACAAAAAAAUAUAUGUGAUUUAUUUGAGUCAUUAGAUUCGAACAAAUUUGAAGAAGAACUUUGGUUUAGAAAAUAUAAAAAAAAUAAAAAUGGUGGUGGUGGUAUAACUAAGAUAUUACAAAAUGGAAGUGUAUUUGAGAAAUGCGCAGUAAAUUAUUCUUGCGUAUUUGGAACAAUAGAUAAAGAUGCAGCAAAGCAAAUGUGUGUGAAUCAAUAUAAUAAAGAAUAUAUUAAUACUACUAAGAUUUGCCACUCUGAUGAUAUUAAUAAUAUAAUUUCAAAAGUUAUGAAUUCUAAUAAUAUUAGAAUAGUAAAUGAAAAAUAUAAAUUUUAUGCAUCAGGAAUUUCUAUAAUUGCUCAUCCAGUUAACCCAAAUGUUCCUACUAUUCACUCUAAUUUUAGAUUUUUUCAAAUAUUUAUCAAAACUGGAAAAAAGAAAAAAAAAAAUAAUAUUAAAAGUAAAAUAGGAAACAACUAUAAAAGUAUAAAACAUUGGUUUGGGGGUGGUUGUGAUUUAAGCCCAUGUUAUAUUUUUUCUGAUUUAUUUAAAGAAUUUCAUAAUUCUUUUAAAUUAGCUUGCGAUAAAUAUAAUCAUUUGUUUUAUAAAUAUUUUAAAAUAUGGUGUGAUUUGUAUUUUAGAAUUAAACAUAGAAACAUAAAUAGGGGAAUAGGGGGAAUAUUUUUUGAUAAUUUAUUAAAUAAUAACAUAAAAUAUAAGAAAAAUUUUAAAAAUGGAACAUCAAAAGAAGGUUAUAAAAACCCCUUAAUUGAAAAAAAAAAAUGUAAAUGUUACAGUUGCAAUGCAAUAAUGGAUAAAAGUUAUAGAAUGAUUUAUUUGUUUAUUCAAGAAUGUAUUAUUGCUUUUAGAAAAUCUUAUUUUCAUAUAUUAUUAGAAACAAUUAAUUAUAAAUAUGAUGAGAAUAUGAUAAAAUGGCAAAAAAUAUGUAGAGGUAGAUACGUUGAGUUUAACUUGAUAUAUGAUAGAGGAACAAAGUUUGGUAUUGAGUUAAAUAAAUUUAAAAUUUAUAGAAGAAAAAAAAAAAAUAAAAAUAUGGAAAACUUUUCAUCUACUAAUUAUAUAAAAGAUGAAAAUUUUGAUGAACAAAUUUCAGAUUAUGAUUCUGAUGAGCAUGAAAAAAUUGAUAAUGUUUUGGCUUCUUUGCCAUUAAAGUGUGAAUUUUUAUAUAAAUAUAAAGUAAUAAAAUAUUCAAGGGAAUAUGAAACAUUGCAAAUAUUAAAACAUCCUAAAAGGUGGGUUGAUUACUAA